AUGGGUCACUGCCAUAUCUUGACGAUACAAGAUAACUUCUCCAAGCACUGCACCGCUGUACCCCUUAAGGAUAUCAAGGCUCACACUAUCGCUCAUGCACUAGCAACCAAGUAUGUAGCCCUGUACGGAUGCCCCAAGAUAAUCCUCUCAGAUAAAGGGACCAGCUUCCUCAGCAAAUUGUUCAAUCAACUGGGAAAGGUCCUGAGAUUCCACCAUAUAACGACAUCUGGAUAUAGACCUCAGUCUAAUGGAGCCCUUGAGAGAAGUCAUCACGUACUAGCCAAAUAUCUGAAGACCUAUAUCGACGAAUUCACCGACUGGGAUGAGCUACUCCCCUUCGCCAUGCUAUCCUGCAUGACUGAGCACAUAAAGAAAUGGAAAACAAAUGGCUGGCUAAAUGCUAAGUCCAAGCCCAUUGUCAAUCAAACACUCCUGAAACAGCUCGCCGAACUCACCCAGAAAAUCGACGUCCAAUUCAAAUAUACCCCAGGACACCAGGGAAUAUACGAGAACGAAAAAGCGGAUGAACUAGCAAAAAUAGGAUCAGAAAUAAUACCCACCUAA